AUGACCUCACGUUUCCGAUUGCCUGCUGGCAGAACCUACAAUGUCCGAGCAUCAGAGCUGGCCAGAGACAGACAGCAUACAGAAGUGGUUUGCAAUGUCCUUCUUCUGGAUAGCACUGUGCAAGCUUUCAAAGUGAAUAAACAUGACCAGGGUCAAGUUUUAUUGGAUAUAGUCUUCAAGCAUCUUGAUUUGACUGAGCGAGACUAUUUUGGUUUACAAUUGGCUGAUGAGUCCACAGAUAACCCAAGGUGGCUGGAUCCAAACAAACCAAUAAGGAAGCAGCUAAAGAGAGGAUCUCCUUACAGUUUGAACUUUAGAGUCAAAUUUUUUGUAAGUGACCCCAACAAAUUACAAGAAGAAUAUACAAGGUACCAGUACUUUUUGCAAAUCAAACAAGAUAUUCUUACUGGAAGGUUGCCAUGUCCUUGUAACACUGCUGCUCUUUUGGCUUCAUUUGCUAUUCAGUCUGAAAUUGGAGAUUAUAAUCAGUCAGAGAAUUUGCCAGGCUACCUCUCAGAUUAUUCUUUCAUUCCUAAUCAACCUCAAGAUUUUGAAAAAGAAAUUGCAAAAUUACAUCAGCAACAUACAGGCUUAUCUCCUGCAGAAGCAGAAUUUAAUUAUCUGAACACAGCACGUACCUUAGAACUCUAUGGAGUUGAAUUCCACUAUGCAAGGGAUCAAAGUAAUAAUGAAAUUAUGAUUGGAGCGAUGUCAGGAGGAAUUCUGAUUUAUAAGAACAGAGUACGAAUGAAUACUUUUCCAUGUUUUGUUUCUAGUUCAUCAAUUUAUAGCAGCACGUUUCCUCCUAACAUUGAAGUGCAUGAAUCUAGAGAAACAUUAUUGGGAUUUAAUAUGGUGAAUUACAGAGCAUGUAAAAAUUUGUGGAAAGCAUGUGUAGAACAUCACACAUUUUUCCGUUUGGACAGACCACUUCCACCUCAAAAGAAUUUUUUUGCACAUUAUUUUACUUUGGGUUCAAAAUUCCGGUAUUGUGGGAGAACCGAAGUCCAGUCAGUACAGUAUGGCAAAGAAAAGGCAAAUAAAGAUAGGGUAUUUGCAAGAUCCCCAAGUAAGCCCUUGGCAAGAAAAUUAAUGGACUGGGAAGUAGUAAGCAGAAAUUCAUUAUCUGAUGACAGGUUAGAAACACAAAGCCUUCCAUCACGGUCUCCACCUGGAACUCCGAAUCAUCGAAAUUCUGCAUUUACCCAGGAGAGAACUCGGUUACGACCAUCUUCCGUUGGACAUUUGGUAGAUCAUGUAGUUCACACUUCUCCAAGUGAAAUAUUUGUGAAUCACAGGUCUCCAUCAUCAACACAAGCAAACAGCAUCGUUCUGGAAUCAUCACCGUCACAAGAGACGCCUGCAGAUGGGCUGCCCCCCGCUUUACCACCCAAACAAUCUAAGAAAAACAGUUGGAAUCAAAUUCAUUAUUCAUACUCUCAACAAGAGCUGGAAAAUCAUAUUAAUGAAACAUUUGAUGUUCCAUCUUCUCCAGAAAAAUCUACUCCUAAUGGUGGUAUCCCACAUGACAAUCUGGUUCUAAUCAGAAUGAAACCUGAUGAAAAUGGAAGAUUUGGAUUCAAUGUAAAGGGAGGAUAUGAUCAGAAGAUGCCUGUGAUUGUGUCCCGAGUAGCACCAGGAACACCUGCUGACCUCUGUGUCCCUCGAUUAAAUGAAGGGGACCAAGUUGUACUCAUCAAUGGUCGGGACAUUGCGGAACAUACCCAUGAUCAGGUUGUCAUGUUCAUUAAAGCCAGCUGUGAGAGACAUUCUGGGGAACUCCUGCUGCUUGUUCGACCUAAUGCUGUAUAUGAUGUAGUGGAAGAAAAGCUAGAAAAUGAGCCAGACUUCCAGUAUAUUCCUGAGAAAGCCCCACUAGACAGUGUCCAUCAGGAUGACCAUUCCCUGCGGGAGUCAAUGAUCCAGCUAGCUGAGGGUCUUAUCACUGGAACGGUCCUGACACAAUUUGAUCAACUAUAUCGGAAAAAACCUGGAAUGACAAUGUCUUGUGCAAAAUUACCUCAGAACGUUUCCAAAAAUAGAUACAGAGAUAUUUCACCUUAUGAUGCUACCCGGGUCAUUUUAAAGGGUAAUGAAGACUAUAUAAAUGCAAAUUACAUAAAUAUGGAGAUAACUUCUUCCAGCAUUAUAAAUCAGUAUAUUGCUUGUCAAGGGCCAUUGCCACACACUUGUACUGAUUUUUGGCAGAUGACUUGGGAACAAGGCUCUUCCAUUGUUGUAAUGUUGACCACACAAGUUGAACGUGGCAGGGUUAAAUGUCACCAGUAUUGGCCAGAACCCACAGGAAGUUCAUCCUAUGGGUGCUACCUAGUCACCUGCCACUCAGAAGAAGGAAACACUGCCUAUAUCUUCAGGAAGAUGACACUGUUUAACCAGGAGAAAAAUGAGUCUCGUCAGCUCACUCAGAUCCAGUACACAGCCUGGCCUGACCACGGAGUCCCUGAUGAUCCAAGUGACUUCCUGACUUUCGUUCACCAUGUACGGAAUGAGAGAGCUGGCAAGGAAGAGCCCAUGGUUGUUCAUUGCAGUGCUGGGAUUGGAAGAACAGGCGUUCUUAUUACUAUGGAAACAGCCAUGUGUCUGAUUGAAUAUAAUCAACCAGUUUAUCCACUAGACAUUGUAAGAACAAUGAGAGAUCAACGAGCCAUGAUGAUCCAAACACCUAGUCAAUACAGAUUUGUAUGUGAAGCUAUUUUGAAAGUUUAUGAAGAAGGAUUUGUUAAACCUUUAACAGCACCAUCAAAUAAAUAAGAAAGCAAAAGGACUGGAUUAUGUGUUGAAAAACUACUUUCUCUUAUUUUCAGUGUGCCAUAAUACUGCUUGCAGGAAAUGGCAUCUAAACAAAAAAUGAAGAACUAACAAAAACUUGAAAUCUUCAGCACUGUUGCACUUUACAUUUUAAAAAAUCACUCUCUCAAACUAUUUAAUGCAUAUGUUUGAA